AUGUCCAGUGUUUUUGUCGCACCUAUAGCUGCAAAAACUGCAGAUUACAUGAAAGUCGGUCGCAUUUCUCCUUUCACAAUCAAUUGGAGAGUAAUUAUUGGUAUAUCUCUAGCGUUAGGUAUACUUUUACUUUACUAUCUCCUUUCGCCAACCGGAAAUAUCAUGGAGUUCCCAGCCGGAGGGUACCUCGAAUUAGAAGGAGAAGCAAACAGAAUUUACUAUCGAAGAGCAACUCCCGAAAAUGGUGGACGCUUCACAGUCUUGUUGCUUCAUGGUCAAGCUUUCUCUUCCCAAACCUGGGAUGAUCUCGGUACUUUAAAGUUUCUACGAGCCAAAAAUUACAACGUGGUGGCUCUAGACCUGCCUGGUUACGUGAAAUCGAAGGAUUAUGCAAAUAUCCCGAAGACAUCUGAAGAACGAGCAAAGUUUCUGAAUGAGGUCAUCGAGAAGCUUCAUAUUGAACGGCCUGUGAUCGUGUCGCCUUCUAUGAGCGGUUCAUACUCGUUGCCUUUUAUUUUUCAAGGUGAAAAAGGCCGAAAUCUGCGGGGAUACGUCCCUGUAGCUCCAGUAGGCACAGAGAAAUACACUAAAGAUGAUUAUGAAAACCUUGAGUUACCAACUCUUAUUGUGUAUGGAGAAAACGACGAAACAUUGGGACUUUCGUCCUUGCAAAGGCUAAAUAAUAUCCGUGGACAUAUGAUCCAUGUGAUAAAGGAUGCUGGGCAUGCCUGCUAUUUGAAGAAUAGUGAUGAAUUCCAUGACAACGUGGAGAAGUUUCUUAGCAAGUUAAACUAA